GCCGUAACGCGUGAACGUUCACUCUGACUUCAAUAACUUGCUUCCGUCCACUGCACACCGGCGACAUAGCAACUCGGAGCGUAGCUUCGCUGCAGCUAGAGCUUUAUCUGGCAGGAUCUGGGGCUCCAUAGGGCCCCUGUCAAUUGUGCAUUUGACCUGGUAUCGACCAUGUCGUCGGGUAAAUCACCAUACGGUACACCACCAACCAUCCGGUCCACACUAUUCAAGAACCCCUCGGACAGCAUACCGCCAACAGAUGAGCUUCAGAUACUCCAGGAGGAGCUCAAACUAUUCCGGGAAAAGACCCUUGAGCGGGCCCGGAGAGCUGGGGAAGACAUCAGAAUUAUUGAAGAGUCUAUGAGACGUCUGAGGGAGAGGGAGAAAGGUAAAGCUAAGGCACCAAGCCUAGUCAAGAAGGAACGCGCAUGUACGUGCAUUAUCUACGCUCUUGCGAUGCCCGAGCUGAUUUCAUCCGCUAUUGUCUCCUCCGCUGCCCGCGCACUGUCCUUCGAACCGAAACCUUGGUCCUGCCUUUUUGUUUCCUUGGGUGCUACAUCUCUUGCUAACGUCUCAUCAUCCACCUUCUCGCCAAUAUUUAUCCACUCAUCAUCCCCGUUAUUCCUUGCGCAUUGCAUGCUAUCCAUUCAAACAUUUGCGCCGUUCACAGACACGCCACAACCCAGCGGAGAGGAUAAGAAACCUCUUCCUUUGCCACAGAACUUGCAGAGACCUCGACCACCAUCAGUUCCUGCCAGUGGUAUCACUUCUGGUGCAUCUACGCCUAGCUUUGAGACUCGGAAAUCAUUGGCUCAGGAAUUGAAGAAUAAGAAGAAGAAACGUGCGCGAGAAGAGAUGAGUGAUCUUGAGACGCCGCCGCAGAAAAUGCGAAAGACUUCUCCCGCGCUCAGCCAACAUACACAUCCACAUCCCCCGCCGCCAAAGGCGUCCAAACAUCCACCUAUACCUGCUAAAGCUGCAAGUGGCCCCGAUUUCUCCAUCCCUCCCCCAGUCAAUUUAUUGCCGCCUCGUCCACCUAUUCCCCCGCCGCCGAUACCGGGGCCUAGUAAACCUACUGAUGUGAUGGACGACUUUAGCAAGAGUAAACAACCGUCACAAGUGCUCGUGACGACGUUUUAUUCCAGCAUCGAACCUUGGUUGCGCCCAAUCAAGGAGGAGGAUAUUGGCUUCCUGGAGUACACCGGUGAUGAGACCGAGCCAUUCGUGAUACCCAAGUUAGGGCGGCAUUACUCUGAAGUAUGGCAUGACGAGGACGUUGCUGCGUAUGGCGAGCCUCUGCCUGGCACUGCUGCUGCACGGCCGAGAGUUAUUGCCCCUUCUACUGGCCCGCUACCGAAGUGGGAACCCUCGACACUCAUGGAACAGGACUGUGUGACGGAGGAGCAUGGACAUGGCCCUCUUAAUGAGCGGCUAGUUAGUGCCAUCAUACCCAUGAAGAACGACCAUUGGAAAGGCGUGAAAGCGGCUGAAGAGGCUAUGGAAGGUCGUCCUGGCACGAAUGGCGCAGCUGCUCAAGCUGCUCGAGAUAAGAUGAAUGUUGCUGAUUUAGAGGAUCGUAUCAAGAAUGCGCUACGAUAUCAUGGCAUUAUUGAUGAGAUUCCUGAUUUCUCUGAAGCUGUCGACGAUCCAAUUGCAACCGCUCUGCGACAUGCUCAGAGUGAGAUGCGGACAGUGAUGGCUACCAAUAAGGCGCGACGGCACCGAUUAGCUGAGAUUGCGCGAGCCAAGCUUUCUUAUCAGGAAUUCCUGGAGGAUCGAGACUAUCUCGACAAAGCAAUCGCCAAUCAGUAUGCCAAACUGCAGAAGAAAGAUAUCCCCAAGGUGAGCAAGAAGAAGAAACAGAAGGCGGAACCCAAUGGUGCUGCGGCAAAUGGUGGCACGAAUAGUACCACUAUACCACCGCCACCUGCUGCACUUGGUUUGGUUCCCGACGAAGAGAACCACUUGACCGUCCCAGAACAACUCCGACAAUUAAUUGAAGCUCGGAGACAGUGGGACGAGAUCGGCGAGAAGCUCGUUCAAGAGUACCAUGGUCCUGGUCAGUUGGUCGGUUUUCCCAAGUCAAGUGUCUUCGAGGGAAUCGACGAAGAAGUUAAGCGGCAACUGGAGCGAUUGGAUCCUCCUGGAGGAUUUACCUCCGGAUCGUCAUCGAAUAAGGGGAAAGCGAAAGCUGAAGCUUGAGUAUAUCCACUUGUUUAUAUGCCUUCACAUCUGAUUCCACGACUUAACGACUCUCAACUGACUGGUCUUACCUACUACGUAUGUCUAUCGUUGGAGAGUUGUUGUCUCUUCCUUUUUUUCUUUUCUUUUCCUCGGUCACAUUCUAAUGUCAUUGGGUCUCAUUGCUGUAUACUUUUCUGUAUCAUUGCGUGUAUUCGAAACCUCGAAACUUUGAAGACGGACGUAAAUAAGAGGUGUGUAGAUGUAUUAUGGGCGUCACGUAGAAACGUCCGUUUUACUCUUCCACCAUG